AUGAAGAUAGAGUGCAAGUAUUUUGAGGCAAGAGAACAUGUCCGUCUGCAUCAAGAGUUUGACCAAUAUUUGGCCUCUGGGGAACUAGACGAUGAUGUCUAUAAGUUCAAUUCUUCACAGGAUAAGUCUGUUCUGCAAUUUGCUGAGAAACACGUUGUGAAAAGUCGGUUUGGGAAGCUCGACCAUAAGCUCAUGAAAUUAUCUUUGGAGGACCGAGGUCCGAUUGUGGAUACACAACGUCAAAUAGAUACUUACUCUGAGAACUUGAGAGACAUCCUCGCGAACAAGGAGCUGAAUGUCAGCAUCCAAAAAAAGAUGAACAAGCUAGAGGAGGAAGGCUUUUUCGACGUCGAUAACGAUUCUAUCGACUGGGGCAAGCCAUGUUUUGUAUCACUUAUAGACAGAUUUAAGGAGCUGGUUUUCAAAGGACAUGGCUGCCCCAGACAUGUUGUUGUUCAAGGAAUUAUGGAGUACCUGGCAAUCUCACAAAGAAGCGGCGUAAUAACUGGACAAUUUUCUCUUGAAAAGGUUGUUGAAGAAGAGUGUCGUAGAUGGAAGGGAAACAUCGCAGAUCUUUGGAUGGAUACAAGAUACUAUGAGGAAUCAUAUCAUGACUUGUUGAGAAAUCCUUUGAAAAAGAUAAUAUGA